CAGGGCACGAACUAGAUAGGGUACCAUUCCGUGAUUCAGAGACGAUCGAUCAGCAAUCCAUUGUUGAAUCGAUCAUGUGGUACCCGUCCAUCGUGGCUUGUGAAUUUGUGAUCGAGGGCACAUAAUGCGUCGUGCAUCGGUCAUGUGGUAUCUCCAACGUCAUUAAGAGACGAUCGAUCAGCAAUCCAUUGUUGAAUCGAUCGAGAGAAGAAGAGAAUGGACGUGGUGGAGCAGCAGCUGUCCAAGCAGCAGAUCGAGGAGUUCCGGGAGGCCUUCAGCCUGUUCGACAAAGAUGGCGACGGGACGAUCACGACCAAGGAGCUGGGCACGGUGAUGGGUUCGCUGGGGCAGAGCCCGACGGAGGAGGAGCUGCAGGAGAUGGUGAAGGAGGUGGACGCCGACGGCAGCGGCGCCAUCGACUUCCAGGAGUUCCUGACCCUCCUGGCGCGCCAGAUGCGCGAGUCCAGCGGCGCCGACGAGGAAGAGCUCCGCGAGGCCUUCCGCGUCUUCGACCAGGACCAGAACGGCUUCAUCUCCCGCGACGAGCUCCGCCACGUCCUCCAGAACCUCGGCGAGCGCCUCUCCGACGAGGAGCUCGCCGAGAUGCUCCGCGAGGCCGACGUCGACGGCGACGGCCAGAUCAACUACACCGAGUUCGCAAAGGUCAUGCUGGCCAAGCUCGAAUUGGAGACAGCGGAACCGGCCAUGCCGUCGCUCCUGAAAAACGGAUACCGCGUCUGUCGCUGGGUUCUUGCAUUUCGGAUCUUGCAAGUCGGCCGCCAAGUUAAACGCCGACGGCGAAGGCACCAGGAGAUGGAAGGCCAUGGGAGUGACUCAGAUCACGCUAAGACCACCUGCCCCUCAUGUACUAUCCUCUGAAACUCACUCUGCCACCCUCAUUUCUUGCUGACAGCUGAGUGAAAUGUAACAAAAUCCACUGUGUAAAUGAAAAAAAAUGAAAUGGUGACUAACACGAGUUCCAAUUAACUUGCCAGUUUUUUCUUGAAACAAUGAAAACCUGCUUAAGCUCUUCUGUUCAGUACCAGAAAAUGGGGCAACAUAGCAAGGGCAAGGGUGCAAAAAC